AUGGUAAAUCAUGUUAUAAAUAAAAAAGAAAAUAAAACUGGAAUAUAUGACUUUAUUUAUAAGGGUGUUAACCUUACUAAAUCAUUGUUUGGCAUUGGUUUAGCCAUAAGAUUAAUAUUAAUUUUAUUCUCAGAAUGGCAAGAUGCAAAUAUGUUGGUUAAAUACACAGAUAUCGAUUAUGUUGUUUAUACAGAUGCAUCAAGAUUUGUAGUUAAUGGAUUAUCACCAUAUGAUCGUUCAACUUAUAGAUACACACCAUUAUUAGCAUAUUUAUUAAUUCCAAAUAUUUUAAUUCAUCCAGCAUUUGGUAAAUUAUUAUUUGUAUUUUGUGAUAUGAUUAUUGCAUACCUUUUAAAAGGUAUUCUUGUAGAAAGAUUCCCAAAGAUUACAUCGAAAAAGUUAUUGAUUUGUUUAGCAGCAUGGUUAUUGAACCCAUUUGCAAUUAAUGUUUCAACAAGAGGUAAUGCAGAGUCGGUUAUUGGCGCAAUGGUAUUGGCAACCUUUUAUUUCUUAACUAAAAAAAAGAUUGUUUUAGCUUCUUUAUUUUAUGGUCUUUCAGUACACUUUAAAAUUUAUCCAAUUAUUUAUUCAAUUCCAAUUUAUUUAUAUAUUGAUGAAAAUUUUCAAAAAAUUAAACCAUCAGAAUACAGUUCUUUAAACGUCAAUUAUACCAACAUUAUAAAGAAUCUUUUUACAAAGAAUAGACUUAAAUUCUUUUUAGUUUCAGCUUUUACAUUUUUAUCAUUAACAUUCUUAAUGUAUUUAAUUUAUGGUUAUGUAUUUUUAUUUGAAACUUAUUUAUAUCAUGUCGUAAGAGCUGAUAAUAGACACAAUUUUUCAGUAUAUUUUUACCAAAUUUAUUUAAAUACACCAAUUGUGGAGUCAAUAGGUGAUUUAGUUGCAAAGCCCGUUACUAGUGGAUUGGGUGUAGCAUUAGCAUCGUUCCUCCCACAAGUAGUUUUAUUGUUAGCAAUUUCUUUGACCUAUUUCAAUGAUUUAGAGUUUUGUUUACUUUUAGAAACCAUCACUUUUGUAGCCUUCAAUAAAGUUUGUACUGUUCAAUAUUUCAUUUGGUAUUACUCCAUUUUACCAUUGGUUAUUCCAAUUAGCAAAUUAUCUUUAAAGCAAUAUAUCCUUUUAUUUGCUGUAUGGAUGGGUUCCCAAGGUCUCUGGUUAUUGUCUGCUUUCAAUUUAGAGUUUUUGGGUCAACAAACAUUUUGGAAUAUUUGGUUUGCAGGUAUUUUAUUCUUUUCAGCAAAUAUCUUUAUUUUAAUUAAAUUCAUUUUAAAUCACGAUCCUUUACCUCAUAUCGUAUAUUUAAAAUAA